ACUUCCGGAUGCAUAUCAUUUCGCGUCAGAAGGCUUCACCUGAGAAAUUUUACAGAUUGCCGGAAAAAACAGACACAAUUGAUAGUGAUCAAACGGGAACAAAGGGAUCGAAUUUCAAUUUGAUUGGGUUUUAAGAUAACGGACUAAUUAGCGAAGUUAAGACGUGACUUCCGGGUGAUUUAUGUGUCGCGCAUUCGGUCAUGGAGGAGGUGUUGUUUGGUUCUUGAAUUUACCGAUAUGCCAUCUUUGACAUCAAAAACUGAAUAUGAUUCUUGUUUGUGAAAAACUUAUAAUAUUUAAAGAAUUUUGAUCAAUGUAACUAUGGGAAGGUGUGAAUGUUCUACCCGAAUUAUCCCAGCAACAUGUGCCUGGACGCUCUUGCUGGGAGCAACAUCCCUGUAUUUUGCUUUUGUAUGUCGAUAUUUAUUAGUAACAUAUUCAAUUGGUAUACCAAUAUUUGCUGGUAUAUUAACGAUAUUUGUGCUUGCCAAUCUGUGUAUGGCGACAUUUAUGGAUCCCGGUAUUUAUCCCAAAGCUCAUGAAGAUGAGGCUAAGGAUGAUGAUUUCCGAGCUCCGUUAUAUAAAAAUAUAGAAAUAAAGGGGAUAACGGUGCGGAUGAAAUGGUGUACAACUUGUCAGUUUUAUCGUCCACCGAGAUGUUCACACUGUAGUGUUUGUAAUACCUGUAUAGAGACUUUUGAUCAUCAUUGUCCAUGGUUAAAUAAUUGUAUAGGAAGAAGAAAUUAUCGAUUUUUCUUUUUAUUUUUAACAUCUUUAUCAUUGCACAUGUUGAGUUUAUUCUCCCAGUGUUUAGUCUAUAUCCUUGAUCAUCGAGAUAAUAUCACAGAAGCUGGCACCAUAGUUUCUAUAGUAUUAAUGUGUAUAAUAGGUUUAUUGUUUGUACCGGUGAUAGGGUUAACAGGUUUUCAUAUGGUGCUAGUGUCUAGAGGAAGAACCACAAAUGAACAGAUGACGGGUAAAUUUAAAGGUGGUCAUAAUCCGUUUGAUAAAGGUUGUUACAAGAACUGUUGUUAUAUAGUCAGUGGUCCACAGUGGCCUAAACUUAUUUCAUACAUUCCCAAGACCAGAACGAUUAAUGUGCAUUCGUCGAAGAUAACUUACGUAGCUGCCGAUAAAGAUGUGAAGAUUUACUCGGAGUCAACUAACGGAAUUCGUCACGACGGAAAUCCACCAAACAACAGUACGCGGGCGAUUUAUCAUGAUGAUGUUGAAGAUUAUAAAGGCAGCCAAUCAUUGGAUUGUGAACCUUCACCACCCACACAAAAGAAAAAUGGUUCCUAUACUAAUUUAUUUGAUUCUUCUCAGACCACGUCUAUCGGGGCCUCGCUACAAGCCGCUCAAUCACACAGCAGUCUUGUGGGAAGGGCAUCCCCCAAAAUUUACCGCACAAAAAAUUAUUACGAAAGAUCACCGCAGCGUUCACGUCCCUCAUCACAGGAUAGAUUAGAUGUUCAUCCCAGUCGCCGUGCACCAAUUGCCACGCUUGAUGAUGUCGUUCUUCCGAAACAUGCCUCCCUUUCUUCCCCUGACAGUAUUAACAGCCCGGAUCGUGGUUACCGUGGAAACAUGCGCCCGCAGACAAGUAGAGGUCAGAACCCUGAUCGAGCGAGAGGUCAUACUCCAGAUAGAGGCAAUGAACGAGUUCAUCCUGUCACCCAUGUUAGUAGAGGAGGUAGUAGGCCACACCCAUCAGGAAAUACUUUCGUUCCGAAAUCAGGUUCACAACCUGUUUUAAACCAUUCAAACAAUUCUCCAUAUAGGAACGAAUACUCACACGCGAACAAGGGACAUAAUCCUAGAUCAGGGGCACCACCACACAUACCGUUAACUUCGGGAUAUAAUCGCUCAAUGCCCAACUCACACAUACCACAAGCGGGCGAUCCCGACCAUCACGGGCGACCGUUAUCAUUUGUUCGGGCUCUGGAAGUCAGUGACGCUGUUGAUCAGAGAAACAGACAUUUGGCGGCCAUAGAAAAUAAAAAACAGCAGCGUGAUGAAAAGAAUCGUAGUUUGUAUGAUACAAGUUAUGAAAUCUCAGUUUAAUCAUCCAUUAAGAACAAAAAAAACCUCCUUAUAUGGUGUGGAAAUAUUUAGAACAAAGUGUAGAAGAUGGAGAUUACUCGUAGAUGGACAUGAAAAUGGCAUCUGCAGCUCAUAUUGUAGUGAAUUAAACAAUCAGUUCUUGCGAAAAAAAGAUCAAAUACAGUAAUACCCUUUAUAUGUGAAGUUCCGGAAUGGCUCCACUAAUUACUUAGGCGUGGUUCUACUGAUCACAUGUCUGGAUCUAACAUGGCUCCUCUGAUCACAUAGCUGGAUACCGCAUGGCUCCCCAAAUCACGUGGCUGGAUCCGGGAGAGCUCCUCUAAUCACAUGGCAGGAUCCCACAUGGCUCCACUGAUCAUAUGACUGGAUCCGGCAUGGCUCCACAGAUCCCUUAGCUGGAUCCGGUAUGGCUCCACUAAUCACAUGGCUGGAUCCGGCAUGGCUCCUCUAAUCACAUGGCUGGAUCCGGCAUGGCUCCUCUAAUCACAUGGCUGGAUACAGCAUUGUUCCACUGAUCACAUUGCUGGAUUUGGCAUGGCUCCCUAAAUCACAUGGCUGGAUCCGGAAUGGCUCCACUAUGAUUGGCUUUUAAAAAACAGACAAAUGGUGAAACAGGGUGAAAUACUGUUAUGGACAUUGAGCGAUGAACAGAAUAACCCAGUCUACAGGGGGGAGACUCAGAUUGGUUUGAUUCUCAGCAUGGGAAAAAUAAUCUCCACACAGUUCAGUUUGAUUGGAAUGUCCACCUUGCUUGGUGAUUGAGAAGCAACAACAACCAGUUAGAAACAGCUUUUUACAAUAUGUGUUUACGGUAGAUGACAGCUGCACAAAAAACAAUUUGGGUUAUUGUUUGGACUAUGGCUGUUGAUACAGGUUCAGGACAAGGAAUAUAAACCGACUCUUUUGACUGUUCCUUGUGGAAUUUGAAUUAGUGGGGAGUUUGGGUUUUUUUUGUUGCAGUGAUGAGAAGAUUUUUUUUUUGUAAAAUGUGUUGUUGAGAGCACGCUAUAAGGCUGUACAUGUGUAUAUAUAGAUGGAAAUAUAAAAGACUGUUAGGGGAUAUUUAAUUUAUAUCAUACAAUGUAUGGUGAACAUUUCUUCAUUUUUAUUUUUAAUUCAAAGACUCUUGUGGUGCAGUGUUGUAGGUUUAUUAAAAGAAAAAGAAACUAACAAAAAAAUGAAUGAAACUUUACGCAGAUUUACAGGGUGAAAAUUCUACAGUACGGUUUACGCAUGGUGUUUAAAACAGGGAUAUUGAUGUUGACGUGUUGUGUAAAAAUAUCCUAAUAUGGUCAUAAAUAGAAGACUUGUGCAUAAUCAUCUCAAUCGUUGAUUUAUAUCGUGAAAUAUGGACGAAAUACAGGGUCAUUAAUAUUAGUUCACAUCAGUUUUCUCAUUUACAGAUGUACUUUUGUUAAAUCUGAUUAAAAUACGGAUCUAUAUUUCAUCUCGUUUUUUAUACUUUCAAUGGCCUCUACUACAUGAAGAUCUGAGCGGUUGUAGUGGAAGGUUGCAUCAGGGGUCAUAUGAGCGGCUUUUGACUCUUAUGACGUCAGACAUCUGAUUAACCAAUCAGCAUUUAACGCCAAAAACUCAACGUAACAGACCGUUUCAUUGACUAAUUCCUCACAUCAUGCAAAACUCGGGUUGUAUAACAACUCUUCCAGAUCCUAGUGUAGUAAAGAUAAGUAAAACAAAAUUUUGAACUAUAAAAAAACGAAACGAAAUAGGAUCUGUGGUUUAAUCAGAUGUACUUAUGUUUAGUGAUUUAUGAUUUUUUUUAUAACUUUCGAACAUUUUGAAUGGAAUUUAGAGAUCAGUGGAUAUAUACAUUUCAUUUAUUGAUUUCAAUUUGUUCUGGCCUUUUCCUUCUGUUAGGCAUGCUGUUAGAUCCUGAGGUCUGUCAUUGAGUCGGGGGUCACGGUGGCUAAGUGGGUAAGACGCUGGCUCGCUAGCCUGGAGGUCGGGUGUUCGAUCCCUGCAUUGGCCGAGAAAGUUCAUCCAGAUUUUCCGCCGUGGUUUCCCCUUGUCAGUGAUGCAGGAUGGAGGGCCUGGCAAGGACAGCUGUCUAGUCAUUCGGAUGAGACGAAAAACCGAGGUCCCGUGUACACAUUGGCGUGCACGUAAAAGAUCCCUUGACAGUUGGAAUUCGAUAUAAGAGUAGGCCGUAGUGCCGCUGUCCGGGCAAAAUUUCCCUCAUAGCACACUGUAUGGCGUAUGCCCGUCUUCAUUAGCCCAGUUCGGAGCAAAACAGUAGGACGUUAAACCCCAUUUCAUUUCAUUUCUGUCAUUGAAUCAAGUGGUGUGGUUUUGAUUCCCCGCUUAUACGCGAAAAGGAGUAGGGUCACCUCUCCAACUUCCUCGGUUUUCUCCAGGUCCCCUGGUUCCCUCCUAGUGCUUAAAACCCCUACGCAUAAACAAAUUAUUGAAAUUAAAUUGAACUAUAUGUUAGUCCCGAAAUGACCUAGUUUGUUCUAGUGGAGUUAAACCCCAUUUAAACUCUCCCCCUCUCUCUCUCUCUCUCUCUCUCUGUAGUAAAGUAGGAUGCUAAACAAUGAAUUAGAAUGUACAUGUAAAGAAAAACAUCAAAUUUCAAAACAACUACAUGGUACAUGGAAUGGCAGUGAUAAGAUAGGGUGGACUUGUUCAGAAGAUGAUACGACUCCACGCACAGCAGAUAUAUAAGACUCAUAAUUAAUUUCAUGUGUCAGAGCCGGAGUAGGCUUGCAUGGAACCCCUGCUGAAAAUGUCACUGGGGCCCUAGCUUAGUUAGAAGACGGCAUAUUCCACCGCCUACCCUCUUGUUGCCUUAACAUAGCUGCAGAAAGUUUAUGUUCCACUUUUUAAACUCUAUCGUAUGAUAGGACAAAUUUAUUUAUGGUACAAAUUUGGAUUCCUUUAAUACUGAGACCCCUGGCUGCAGCCCAGUCAGUCUCGCCCUUAUUCAGGCCAUUAUGUCAUGUGAAUUCCUUAAUGAUGUAUGUGUACAAACUGUUCUGCAGUGGAUAGGAUCUUACUCUAGAUCGCUUAGAGUAAGUUAGAGUUCAAACUGGUCCAUUGUGAUCUUACUCUAUAGAGUACAAACUGGUCUGCAGUGAUCUUACUCUAUAGAGUACAAACUACUCCACAAUGAUCUUACUCUAUAGAGUACAAACUGGUCUGAAGUGAUCUUACUCUAGAGUACAAA